UUUUUGGAUUAUUUUAUUAUACGGGAGUUUCGUGAACCGUUCGUUGUAAUGUUUUUAAUAAAACUGAAAAUAUUAUUUUUACUCGCCGCUACAGCGGCAGCAAAAUCCAUCAAGGACGAAGAAUUAUCCUCUCUAAGAUGGGCAAAACAAUACUCAUUUGAGGCAACAAAAUCAUCGCUUACAUCCGCUUUAGUUGAAGAUAUAUCUUACUGGCGCACAAGCAAAAAAUGCCGAAUUGAUUACAAUAAAGGUGCAACGAAAAUGAUUUUCGAAAAGGGAAGUAGGAGGGGUAGUCCUGGCGUCGUGUAUAAGCUCCAUCCCGAAACUACAGAAGAGUACACCAAUAAAAUGGUAUGCGCCAAACGCGAAGGAAAGCCGUCGAGACUAGUCAAAUUACUAGAUAUUUUACCGUCUACCGAUGAUUUCACACACGUGGGCAAAGAAAUUUUAGAUGUCGGAGAAGUUCAUAAAUUCGUUUACGAAAACGAUGAAGAACUAAAUAAGAAAACUAAAAAAGUUCUAUGGGCCUCCUUAGAUAAGAAAUCUUACACUUGGAUACCCGUAAAGCUAGAAGAAUUUGAGUUUAACACAUGGUUGGGUAAUUUAAAGAGUCACUAUGUAUGGAAUAUAUUUAACUAUAAAAAUGAAGUAGAUUCAAGCGUUUUUGAUGUCGAAGAAUAUAGCUGUAACGAAGAUGCUAGCGGAGCUGCCUCUAAAAUUGACGUCAAUAAUAAAUUACACGUGGAUUUCGCCUUCGAAAUGUAUAAAGAUGCACACAACAAACAAUACCAAGAUGAAAAUGAGCACGAAAUGAGAAGAAAAAUCUUCGAAAAAAACUUGAGAUUGAUUCAAGCGCAUAACCUUAAAAAUAAUAGCUUCAGUCUUGGUAUAAAUAAAUUUACCGACCAAACGCCUGAAGAAAUGCGAAGGAGGAAAGGACUUAUGCGGCGAAAGGAGGGCGAGGUUGGCAACGUUCCAUUCCCGUACACGACAUCAAAAAUUAAAGAAAUAGCUGAAACUCUACCAAAGCAAUAUGAUUUGAGACUUUUUGGAGUUAUAUCCCCAGUGGGAGAUCAGGAAGACUGUGGUUCCUGUUGGACGUUCGGUACAACAGCUGCUGUCGAGGGUGCUUUAGCCCGUAAUAAUGGAGGCAGACUUUUAAGACUUGCUAAUCAGGCUCUUGUCGAUUGCGCUUGGGGAUUUGGUGUUGCUGGGUGCGACGGUGGAAGUGACACAGCUGCUUAUCAUUGGAUGAUGGAAUACGGCUUACCCACUGUUGAGGAAUACGGCCCAUAUAAAAACAAAGAUGGUUUUUGCCAAAUAGAAAAUAUGACGGUAACAUAUCCUAUCAAAGGAUUUACUGACGUCACUCCGUUUAGUGUUGAGGCAUUGAAGGUUGCGUUAGUUAAUCACGGUCCUCUAUCUGUUUCCAUUGAUGCUACAGAACUCCUUCAAGCGUAUACCGGCGGAGUACUUUACGACCCUAGUUGCAAUCCAUCAGCUUUGAAUCAUGAAGUAACUCUCGUAGGAUACGGAGAACAAGAUGGUGAAACUUACUGGAUUGUCAGGAACUCAUGGGGAACGAACUGGGGUAUCGAUGGCUAUUUCCACAUGUCCACUCGCGACAACAGCUGUGGUAUCACCACAGAACCUACUUAUGUUGUUUUCUAAACACAGAAUGUACUAAAAAGGAAUAAUUUCAAAAGUGUCUUCUGAUUUUCGAUUACUUGAUAAAUUAAAAAUUAGUUAUAAUAAGCAUAAGAUUGCACGUAGAAUAAUUUUAUGGGAUUUGAUUUACGCUUAAAUUAAAAUUAUUAUCAGCAUAAA